GAAGGGCUCGGAUUUGGGCUGGCGGAGGACGGCCGGAGCGGUAAAUUUGCACAAAUACACACCGAUAGUUUAGCAGGUUUACUUUGGUUGGGAACCCAGGUGCUGAUCAUCAUGCACUAUUUGGCUCCGAUACAGAGCGAUAUAGAAAUAAAGGUCAUAUCCACAACACACGCCCUUCACUUCUUCAAUCGUACAGAAGUUGAGGCGGAAGGGGUUCCAGUUUACACCGACGCCGAAGAAUGGGCAGCCUGGACUAAAAUGUCGGACCCAGUCUUACAUAUCGACCUGCGAGCCUGGGCUGACCUGCUACUCAUAGCACCGCUGUCCGCCAAUACACUCUCCAAACUUGCCUCAGGCGCUUCUGAUAACCUCCUAACAUGCGUCCUCCGUGCAUGGGAUACGUCCAAACCGGUGAUUCUUUGCCCAGCGAUGAACAUGCACAUGUGGACGCAUCCCUUCACUGCACGACAUUUGGAAGUGUGUACGUCGAUUCUAGGGUACAGAGUUAUCGAUCCUGUAGUGAAGAAGCUGGCAUGUGGCGAUCUGGGCAAUGGGGCGAUGGCGGAGGUGGACACUAUUAUUGGAGUAUUAGGGCCGGUAAUUGAGGAGGUUAAAAAGGUCGCUCGGCAAGGUCAGGCUCUGGCCACCAGCAUCACAACCGCUGCCAGUCUGCAAGAUGUUCUGCAAUCUAAUUUGGGGCCAACGGGGACGCAGAAAAUGCGAGGGAUUGGAUCGCAAGCUCCAUUAGGGUGAUCGUUGGUACAGUACAUGGCUUGAAUAGAACAGCAAGGCAGUUGUGAAUGGCAGGAAAGGUGCAAUGUUUUUGGUUGUGGGAAAGGAUGGCGCCCGUCGGGA